AAAAUACUUGGCUAAAAGAACGUGUUUCACAUAAUCGCAUUCGCGUCGGGCAUGAAAAAGUAUAAAGAAGGCAUAUAAAUUGAAGCCAGGGCAGUAUGGGGUAGUUACUACUUCGUUAGUUGUCUCUGUUCUAAGGAAACGCCUUAAAGUGGUUUCCAAGUAAUCAUUCAGCACAUACAUUAAUAAACGUUUUACCCACAAAAAAUGAUAUAUUUCUAAUAUAACGCUUGAGAAGCAAGAAUGAAACUAGUUUUAGCGGCGGGUAUAAAACAUCCAUAGAGGUUAUCGAUCCAAAUUUAUACAAUGAUGUGAAUGUUACGCGCGCUGUGAUUGGUCGUUGCUCCGUGUACAAUCCCGUAGGUUUUACUCCAAAUUCUAUUUCCUAGAACUUUUUGGUUAGUGAUAUAUGAUUUGUUUUGCUUUAAAAAUAAAGGAGGAGAUAAGGAAGGAGUUUUAUGGGACGACGCUUCCUGCCCGACUCGAGAAAUUUGAAGCUCUUCUCAAAAACAGGGAUGAAGGCAAGGGCUUCUUUCUGGGCGAAAAGGUAAGAUUAGAAGAAAGCCCAAAGCGUACCAGAGGGAUUAGGCCUGUUUAGAACACUAACGAGUAUAGUAAUUAAGUCAUAAAUAAAACGAUGAUAGCCUUCGAAUUCAGCCGUAUCCCCUCGUUCUAGCCACUAGGGACGCCCCAAGCGGCGAUCAGCCAUUGUUUUUUUGAUUUUCAAAGCCGGCGCUUUUCGCUACUAGUGGGCUAUAACAUAUAGCCUAGUAGUAGCUCAACCAAUCAGAACGCAGCAUUGAUAAUAGACCACACUAGCUGGAUUUUAAUACGACACUAUAGCAGCUCAGAUGGCCACCACGAAGAAGUAUCCGGUAUAGUGCAAGCAUACCGUAAAAUUUUGGAAAUAAGCCCGGGGGCUUAUAUUUUUCAACGGCCCCUUUUGAGGGGAUUAUUUUUGGAGGGGCCUAUAUUCGGAGGGGCUUGAUCUACGGAGGGAAAUUUGCGUUUCAAAAUCGAUUGGGCUAGCCUUAUAGUUGGAAGUAAAUUUACCGUUUUUGCUUUGUUUUACUUUGUAUUUGAGGGCAAUUUUCCAAGUGCAAACCCCCGGGAGGCUUAUAUUUGGAGGGGCGAUUUAACGGAAGGUUUUUUGCGUUACCGGAUUGGGGGGCUUAUAUUUGGAGGGGCCUAUUUUCGGAAUUUUACGGUAGCCUAUUACAUUAUGUGCGGUUACACGGGACACUUUUUAUUUACCGUGGCAAAUGACCCUUUCACCGUGGGAAAUUGCCUCGGUGCGUGUGACCGGACUUUCCCGAGAUACAUUUACCAUGGGAAAUAUCCAUGGUUACGUCAAAAAGAGCAAAGAAACCGCCCAUGACAUUAAACUUAGUAAAAAGCUAGGGUUUUCGAUACCCAAGCAAAACAACCAUCAGGUUUCUUCAAAAGGAAACCGCAAAAAAUUGCUUUUUUAAACUCGUUUCUUUCGCACCUGUAGAGAGAAAGAUCGAUGGUGACAUGGCAGAUAUCAUGGCAAAAUUUUGAACUGGUUCGUUGAAAUAAAUAUAGAAACGAUAUUUCCCAAAAAUAUGUUCGAUUCCUGGUAUCGAACAGUCGGAUGCAGCUGAACUAUAAAAUCGAACUAUGUACCUUUGCUAAAUUAUCAUGAUAACAUACCAGUUCAAAUUUCAGCUAUAAAAUUAUGCGUAAAUUUUCAUCAUAACAUAAAAUACUACUAUUGUCGACGGCGAUUAUUACCGUAACUACGCGAAAGAAGCCACAAACUGAUAGCAGCUUGUCGUGCUCCUGCCGUGCCGAACUCAAUUGAUCGAAUUAAAUUCCACUUUAGCACGGCAGUAGCUCGACUUGGUUUCCAACGUCGUGCUACCGCCGUGCCGAACUCAAUUCGUAAAUUAUAAAUACGUUAGAAUACAUUUAAAAGUUUGCUAAACCGUUUCUUUGUUUUUGUGUUUUGUUUUUGGCAACCGCCGUUCCAUUCGACUGAAUUAAAUUCGACGUCUGAAACCAAGUCGUGCAGGUGUCGUGCUGCAGUCGAGCUACAGUCGAGGCAGCUUAGCACGGCAGUAGCACGACGAAUUUGAAACAGGCCUUAAUGGGAACUAAACUAAACCCACGUUAAACUUACCACGGCUUCGUUAACGUGGGAAGAGCCUUUUACCGUGGUUUGUGUAACCGCAUCUAUUGCCUGAGGCUUAUCAUACGCGCAGAAGAAAGGUUACCCCAAUCCUACGCCCCUGGCGUAACUGCGAUUUCUUUCUGUUUCUUAUCUGCAGCUGAGCUAUGCCGACAUCACUUUCUUUGACUUCUUUAACAGCUUCCAUUCGAAGGGUAAAGAGGAUGUUCCUGGGGAACUUGAGAAGUUCCCGCUCUUGGUGGAGCAUUAUAAACGGGUGUUAAACGUGCCCGAAAUAAAUGAGUGGGUAAAGAAUCGCCCUGUUAGCGAAUUCUAAGCUUGUGGCUGCUAUUGAAGCAAUUGUAAAGCGAGAGAUAGGCCUAAAACAUAGAUAAAGAACACUUUAAAAUAAAGAACACUUUAAAAGGUUUAUAUUUUUAUUGAUGUGAUUUGUUUAAUGUGCCGAUAUACCCCGGCCUCUAAGGGAACUCAAAGGUAAACUUGAGUAAGGGUUUUUAUAUGUGUCGCCGAGACCUUCAAACCCUGACCCGGUUUAGGACAAAAAUCAUUUCAUUUCGCUACCCUGUUUAAGACAAGAGGCCUUAUUUCUUGACACACAGAUUCCGCAUACAGCAGUAGGUAAUUUAGUAUUAGUAUAUAACUCUGCAGUAUGGGGUGGGAAAAUUGACCAACUGAAGUGGAUUAAUGGGGACAUGACCGACAUGACCCUGCGGAAAGGCUACUAUAUUCUCCCAAUUCUAUAAAUACUUUCUUGGUUUAAAUAAACGAGCUUCUUAUGUUUGUUGCGGUAGAUUGAUUCAAUAUCCUAGGCAACUCAGCUGGAAAAACUAUAAUCUGACAUAUUUUUCAUGUGGAAUAUUUGAUUCGUAAUUCUUUCCUCUACGUAAAAUUUCCGGCAAAAUAUUUGCUUUGACACGUACUGUAAUUAUAGUCUAUAUAAAUCAGUAUACUUCCUCAUGAGUAUAUAAAAAGAAUUAGCAAAUACAGGGAAACACUCCUCCAUCUCUUCCGCAAAUCAAAUUUGUUCUCAGUUUAACCAAAAAGGAUCUAAAACGACUAAACUCGACAAAUAGGUAAAUUAGAGAUAACUGACCAAAAAUAUCAUUGAAGUAUAAAGUAAAACCAAAUCAAUUCCAUCCAACUAUCUUUUUCUGAAGAAAGACACUGAUGGAAUCAGUCUUUUUACCUAUCUAGACUUUAUAAAAAAAAAUCAAACCACCAACGAGCGACGGCAAGAUUAAAGACAAAUAAUCAUAAACUAAUAAUAGAAUAUGAAGAUACUGCUCGCCCAAAAUGCCUGAACAUUUUAUAUAUAUGAGAAUAUGCAAAUAUUGUUCUCUUAGUGAAAAGUACAGGAAACACUUCAUACUCUCUCUUUUGCUUCCUUUAUCUUAAAGAACAACACUUUGUCUUUUAUCCUAUAGGUAACAAAUAUCGAUCCUCAGUUGAAUCAUUCUUUGAUCUGUGAACUGAUAUGAUACUCUUCCUCUUAACAGCGGAGCUCCACGCGCGCUCGAAGCGCUCGCAAUAGACCUUUUUACCGAUACGGCGGCCAUAUUGAAUUAAUUCGAUUUAAGGGGUAUUAUAGGAUGCCCAGGAGGCAUGAGCACAUUUCGUUGGUAUUUUCAAGCGCUUUUCGGGACAUUUUUUCUUAAAGUUUUCUUAGAAUGAGAUUGUAAAAGGAAAAAAAAUCCUUGUGCCGUGUUUGGAUGUAAUAAUGAUCGCCUUUUUCUUGUUUAGUAUUAGAAAUAUGGUCUUUCACUGUAUAUUUCUCGGGAAAAAGGAUGAUACAUGGUCCAUAACAGGUAACAAGUAGCAGAAGUAGAUCAUAUAGAUCAUGUAGAUCAUAUAAGUAGAAAUUUGCUACGUAAUUAUUGUAAACCAAUCUGAUUUCAGUGGUCCCCUUUAAUCUGCACUUCGAUUGUUUUCAGGGAUAGGGGCAUUGUUAUGUGACAAUCCCUAUUGUUUUCCCAGCUAAUCACAAACAAUCUUUCAAAUAGGUGCGGGAUCGCCCCCUUCAUUGUAAUUAUCUCCUCUUUUAAAUAAAUGUAACGAGUAUUGUAAUCGGCAGUGCCAUCUAUUCAUAUGAAAAUGCCAAAACUAUUGAAUUGAAUUAGACCCUGUUUACAUGGAGUGGGGGACCCCGGUCUAGUGUGGUAAGUUUCUUUUGUUUUCACGCUCUGGGGGACACAAAACAAAAGAAACUUACCCCACUAGACCGGGGUCCCCCACUCCAUGUAAACAGGCCCUUAGUUUGUGGCGGUAAAUUGAUUCAACAUUCUGGCAACUCAGCUGAUAAAUCUAUAAUCCUGAUAUAUUUUUCAGAUUGAAUAUUUAACUCGCACUGCUUUCCUCUACUAGAAUUUCCGGCAAAAUGUUUGCCUGCACGUACAGUACACUGUAGUACUUUCUUUGAGUGGCCCGUUGCGUGAAAUGACGCGUACGACUUGGUGAAAUAUACAAAAUUCUAAUUUUAACACUUGACAGGUGAUAUAAAAGGUCAGCAAUGAGUUAGCAGUUCAUUGAACUUCAGCGGCUGUUGUGUUGAAGUUGUGCACUCAGAGUAUAAGAUUCGACUGAAACAUUCUGCAUAAAUGUCUGGCUACAAGUUGUUCUACUUUCCAAGCCGCGCUGGAGGAGAAAAAUGUCGACUUGCAUUCGCGGCUGCAAAGAUUGACUACGAGGAUAUUCGAGUCCCAGUCGAAGAAUGGCCGAAAGAGAAAGCUUGUAAGUAACAUAAACGUUCACCCGACAAUUCCGUAAAGCGUGCGACGGUUAAUUUUCGAUUCUUUUGAAUUUGGUAAUCUUAAAUAGCUGUUUAAAACGGAGUGCGAUCAAAGCCGACGGCAAAUACACAUACAUUCGCUUGAUUUUCGAUCGGGUCGCGAAAUGCUGGAUUGGUAACUGAUCGCAUGAUUGAACUAAAAUUGCUGACUCACGCUGAACAGGUGUGCUCACUCUUUUUAAUGGUUACCGCCGAACACAAAUAGUAUCAUUGAUUUUAUUAUUAUUAUUAUUAUUAUUGUUAUUAUUAUUAUUUCAUGUACACUGAAUUAACCUUACGAUUUCUGGGUUUCGAAGACUGCUACGAAAGAAGGUUGGUCGUUAAAGAAUAAGAGUUACAUUUUUAACAUCGACGAGCUCCUGUAAUCUACAUUACUUAUAGCUUCUGUGGCGGGAAACUUACUCGUUUUCCGGGAAUGAGCCUGGCUUUGUAAGUAAAAUAAUUUCAACUUACAAUUCAAAUAUUCUCCUGGUUUUAAUUCCUUACCCGGUUGGUAUUGUAACUUUGAACCUUCUGAUUGUUUAUUCUUCACAUGAACUCAAGGAUCAGAAUAUAAUACGGAAACGCCAAUCAUGUUCUCAAGAGACCCUCCAAGAAAUGAAAUUUUCAAGUGACGGCGAUGACCCAAUGGGCGCAAAAAUAAAAACUCAAAAAUCCGUAGGGCUUCCAACAAAACCCUGAAAAACUACCUGGACAGAAAAUUAACCCCCUAAAACUCCCAUGCCGAAUUCACGCGCCUUUAAAAUCACCAGAAGGCAUUAAAUGAUACAAUACAAAGAAUAAAAAUAUUGAAAAUUGAAUGUUUGUGUCUGUUUCGAUAGCUCUUCAUAGCAACAUUCGAGACAACCAAGAACGUAAAUUAACAUCUCCUGUUUUAACAAUAACACUAGACAGAAUAACAACUUCAGAUAGUUUUGAAUACCCCUAAAAUCUACACUUAAAUCAAGCCACAAAAAACUACUUGCCAAAUUAUCCUACCCAAAAAAUCCUGGAAUCGAAAAUCUCAACCCCCGCCCCUCCCCAAAAAAAUUCCUUCCAUCACCCCCGUCACUUGAAAUCAGAAGUACUCCCCCCCCCGCCCGAGCGUCCAACGCGCUCCUUCCUCGCAAUGUGGGCGCGUUUGUACAGAAGGAACGUGUGACGAAGUCCUUUAAGUUUGGUACUGUGAGGGUAGCGCAAGCACGCGCUAUCGUUGAACGCGAACGCAACAAACAAGGGUCCGUCGAAAGCGCGUGGUCAUUUUUCCGUUUCGCUCGACGGACGAGGAAAAAAGAGAGACUGCUCGUGGUCUAGGUUUGGCUAAAUGAUCGUAAAAAUCUGAUGCGUCUCGGCUGGGACUAUCUUAUAAAUCCCAAAACUGAAAAAAAUUAUCGAAAUUCGAAUUUUGGGCGCGGUCGGGCUGGUCGCAAAAUGUUAAUGUCCGUCAGAUUAUACUUCUAGGGGAAUUAACCUCUCAUGCGUUUUAUACAUGAGCCUCCGGCUCGGAUAUUUGGGGCAACCCUAUCCCACGUUCUUACACUAAUAAAUUGAUUAAAUUAGAUUGGAUUGGAUUAUAUUGUAUUGAAUAUUGUACCCAUAAACCCCUCCUGGGGUGGAGCGUUGCGUGACGGAUGCCAUCGUUUACUGCUUCUGCGGCCUUGUCGCAAGCUUGAUAAACGUCGCGCCCCACCCUUGAAAAAGACUAUUUUAAGAGACAGCUCACAAGCUGCAGUCUGGUAUCGAAUACACGUUGUUAUGAUCAGCGUUGCAGUAGUCUUUGGACUUCUCGUUUUAUGUUCAUCGAAUUAAGAACCCAGGGGAAGAAUUCCCUAUAAUGGCCUAGACGGUGAAGUCUCAUCCAAAAGGGAUACCUUUUCAGGUUUCAGGUAUAUGAAAGGGUAGGGAAAUCUAUCAUUUCGGUCUGUAAAAGGACCUUAAGGUCUAACAGACGCAUUUUAUGGCUUUGGAAGCGACAAGAAAACUUCCUGGUUUAGUGAUAUAUUCACAUAUAAACAAAUGGCGCAUUUACAGAAGUUCGUAAAAGAUGCAGGGGUACCAUUUAUCAUUCAAAUUGAAAGGCAUGCCUUUUCUGUGAAAAAUAAUUUAUGUAAGGAUGAGGUGUUGGACCUUGGGGUGAAGCCUCCCCGUAUAUGACUUCAUUGAAUGCUCUUCCCUCCACCGGGAUUUAGCAUAACCAGGGCUGCCAUUGACUUCUCUUUAGAAGAAACCCCGACGUUCUAAAACUUUUCUGUCUGUUCUGUUUCAGCUGGCAGACCACCUCUUGGUCAAAUGCCCUUCAUUGUGACCCCUGAGGGAAAAACCCUGGCACAGUCUGGUGCAAUCAUGAAGUACAUCUGCAAAAAAGGAGGUGAUGUAUUGAACGUAAUUUGUUGAUCAGCUUAUCAUUCCUGCCGUAGCCUACACGCGAGCCGUGAGAGACCGCGUGAGCGCGCGGCCCACCCCUCGCGCCCUUGUCUCCUCUUGCGUGUUGUUCUCGCGUGACUUUUCGCCCAAAAGGAGAACUGGCUCCCAGGCUACUCCUGCUCAUUAGCCUCCCGAGUAGAUGUUUUUGGAAGCUUCAUCACGCGUUCUUCCCCCAACGAAAGCAAAGCCCUAAGAAGGUCUACGUAAGAGGCUACCUGUCGAUAUAGUUUAUACAAGUUUAUUUUCAAGUUUUUUUUUUCUCCCCAUUCCAUUCAUUCAUUCAUUCAUCCAUCCAUCCAUCCAUCCAUCCAUCCAUCCAUCCAUCCAUCCAUCCAUCCAUCCAUCCAUUCAUUCAUUCAUUCAUUCAUUCAUCCAUCAAACAGCCCUUCCGUCCGUCGUUCGCUCAGUCGUUCAUCAUUCUUCUAUUCUCCCUUUUUUUCUUUCUCUUUCUCUUUUCUUUUCUCUUAUUCCUUAUCUCUGACUGUGUCUUUUUUUCUCCUUUUCAUUCUCUCUUUCUUACCCUUCCUUUUUUUCCUUUCUCACUUUCUUUUUUUCUUCUUGCUUUUUAUUAGUUAAGAAGGCGAAUGCUUGAUUAGCUUUCAUUUUUACUUAUGGUGAUUAGGUUUGUGCCCAGCUGACAGUUUUGAUGAAGCGACAGCGGAUAUGAUAAGUGAUGGAGUUACUGAUUUAUUUCAGCCAUUGAGCAACAUGUACCAUGAGAAAGAUGAAACGAAGAAGGUAUUGCAAAAGUUGAUGUCCGUUUCAGUUCCCACAUACAGUGUAGUCAGGCUUUACUCCGGACUGCAAUUCAGUCGGUCUUUUUCAUAAGAUCGUCUUUGCAAAGUGCUUCGCACGAUAUUCGGGAGUUUCAGCAAAGACGUUUUUGAGCGACGCCCGUCAACCGGAAGUGAACUUUUUGUAAUGUUGGGUCGUGAUUUUGAACAAAUUUUCUAUCAGAUCGUCUUUAUCAGAAUGAAGACACUGAGCUACCGCUCGCGCUCGCGCGUUCUUAAUCUAGGAAAAAAUACGGGCUGUUUUGCAGUCUAGAUUUCCCUCAGCGGCAUAAAAUUCUGAAUUUGCAAACAUUGAGAAUUGAACAAGGUCUGGAAGGGUAUUUUCGGGAUCCGGGAUUUGAUCAAAAUACGGUGCGCGAUUAGGGAAAACGCAAAAUUUCUUGACGGGAAACAAGAUUUUACAGCUACCCUGGAAGAGGGAUACGCCAAAAUUUAAGCAGGGGAUGCGGAAUGUUUUUGCCCGUAUGUUGUGAAUUCGGGAGAUCAAACGUUUGAGCGGCAAACUGCGAAUCAACCGGGCACAUUUUGAGUGUUGUCUCCUUUUAGACCAAACUGUAAAUUGUGCCUUGUUUGUUUGUUUGUUUUUUGUUUAUAGAAACAAAAGAGGAAUUCGGGAAAGCGAUAGGGAAAAAAAAUAGCGGGAUGCGGGAUUUUCUACCCCCUUUCAGCCUCUUGCAGACCGUGACUAAAGUAAAAUACUUGGCUAAAAGAACGUGUUUCACAUAAUCGCAUUCGCGUCGGGCAUGAAAAGGUAUAAAGAAGGCAUAUAAAUUGAAGCCAGAGCAGUAUGGGGUAGUUACUACUUCGUUAGUUGUCUCUGUUCUAAGGAAACGCCUUAAAUUGGUUUUCAAAGUAGUCAUUCAGCACAUACAUUAAUAAACGUUUUACCCACAAAAAAUGAUAUAUUUCUAAUAUAACGCUUGAGAAGCAAGAAUGAAACUAGUUUUAGCGGCGGGUAUAAAACACACAUAGAGGUUAUCGAUCCAAAUUUAUACAAUGAUGUGAAUGCUACGCGCGCUGUGAUUGGUCGUUGCUCCGUGUACAAUCCCGUAGGUUUUACUCCAAAUUCUAUUUCCUAGAACUUUUUGGUUAGUGAUAUAUGAUUUGUUUUGCUUUAAAAAUAAAGGAGGAGAUAAGGAAGGAGUUUUAUGGGACGACGCUUCCUGCCCGACUCGAGAAAUUUGAAGCUCUUCUCAAAAACAGGGAUGAAGGCAAGGGCUUCUUCCUGGGCGAAAAGGUAAGAUUAGAAGAAAGCCCAAAGCGUACCAGAGGGAUUAGGCCUGUUUAGAACACUAACGAGUAUAGUAAUUAAGUCAUAAAUAAAACGAUGAUAGCCUUCGAAUUCAGCCGUAUCCCCUCGUUCUAGCCACUAGGGACGCCCCAAGCGGCGAUCAGCCAUUGUUUUUGUUUUGAUUUUCAAAGCCGGCGCUUUUCGCUACUAGUGGGCUAUAACAUAUAGCCUAGUAGUAGCUCAACCAAUCAGAACGCAGCAUUGAUAAUAGACCACACUAGCUGGAUUUUAAUACGACACUAUAGCAGCUCAGAUGGCCACCACGAAAAAGUAUCCGGUAUAGUGUAAGCAUACCGUAAAAUUUUGGAAAUAAGCCCCGGGGCUUAUAUUUUUCAAAGGCCCCUUUUGAGGGGAUUAUUUUUGGAGGGGCCUAUAUUCGGAGGGGCUUGAUCUACGGAGGGAAAUUUGCGUUUCAAAAUUGAUUGGGCUAGCCUUAUAUAUAUAGUUGGAAGUAAAUUUACCGUUUUUGCUUUGUUUUACUUUGUAUUUGAGGGCAAUUUUCCAAGUGCAAACCCCCGGGAGGCUUAUAUUUGGAGGGGCGAUUUAACGGAAGGUUUUUUGCGUUACCGGAUUGGGGGGCUUAUAUUUGGAGGGGCCUAUUUUCGGAAUUUUACGGUAGCCUAUUACAUUAUGUGCGGUUACACGGGACACUUUUUAUUUACCGUGGCAAAUGACCCUUUCACCGUGGGAAAUUGCCUCGGUGCGUGUGACCGGACUUUCCCGAGAUACAUUUACCAUGGGAAAUAUCCAUGGUUACGUCAAAAAGAGCAAAGAAACCGCCCAUGACAUUAAACUUAGUAAAAAGCUAGGGUUUUCGAUACCCAAGCAAAACAACCAUCAGGUUUCUUCAAAAGGAAACCGCAAAAAAUUGCUUUUUUAAACUCGUUUCUUUCGCACCUGUAGAGAGAAAGAUCGAUGGUGACAUGGCAGAUAUCAUGGCAAAAUUUUGAACUGGUUCGUUGAAAUAAAUAUAGAAACGAUAUUUCCCAAAAAUAUGUUCGAUUCCUGGUAUCGAACAGUCGGAUGCAGCUGAACUAUAAAAUCGAACUAUGUACCUUUGCUAAAUUAUCAUGAUAACAUACCAGUUCAAAUUUCAGCUGUAAAAUUAUGCGUAAAUUUUCAUCAUAACAUAAAAUACUACCAUUGUCGACGGCGAUUAUUACCGUAACUACGCGAAAGAAGCCACAAACUGAUAGCAGCUUGUCGUGCUACUGCCGUGCCGAACUCAAUUGAUCGAAUUAAAUUCCACUUUAGCACGGCAGUAGCGCGACUUGGUUUCAACGCGUCGUGCUACCGCCGUGCCGAACUCAAUUCGUAAAUUAUAAAUACAUUAGAAUACAUUUAAAAGUUUGCAAAACCGUUUCUUUGUUUUUGUGUUUUGUUUUUGGCAACCGCCGUUCCAUUCGACUGAAUUAAAUUCGACGUCUGAAACCAAGUCGUGCUAGGGUAGUGCUGCAGUCGAGCUACAGUCGAGGCAGCUUAGCACGGCAGUAGCACGACGAAUUUGAAACAGGCCUUAAUGGGAACUCUAAACUAAACCCACGUUAAAUUUACCACGGCUUCGUUCACGUGGGAAGAGCCUUUUACCAUGGUUUGUGUAACCGCAUCUAUUGCCUGGGGCUUAUCAUACACGCAGAAGAAAGGUUACCCCAAUCCUACGCCCCUGGCGUAACUGCGAUUUCUUUCUGUUUCUUAUCUGCAGCUGAGCUAUGCCGACAUCACUUUCUUUGACUUCUUUAACAACUUUCUUUCGAAGGGUAAAGAGGAUGUUCCUGAGGAACUUGAGAAGUUCCCGCUCUUGGUGGAGCAUUAUAAACGGGUGUUAAACGUGCCCGAAAUAAAUGAGUGGGUAAAGAAACGCCCUGUUAGCGAAUUCUAA